AUGGACCACUCAGCAGCCCCCGGCCUCCCGCUCCACACCUCGGCCCUGCCGCAGGGCUGGGGCUGCCGUGGACCCCCGGACCCCGAGGGCUACAGCAGCAGCAGCUCGCCCGCCUCGCCCGACUCCUGCGGCCUCUCGCCCCCCGCCGCUGACCGGGGUCCCCACCGCGGCCCCGCCGCUCCCCGCCUUCGGGGCGCCCAUGGAGGCAGGAGGGGGAUCCGCGGCCCGGGUCCGGGGGUCCCUCGUCAGAGCGCCAGCGAGCGGGAGAAGCUGCGGAUGCGGCGCCUGGCCCAGGCGCUGCUGCGGCUGCGGCAUUACCUGCCCCCCGCCCUGGCCCCCCCCGGGCAGAGCCUCACCAAGAUCGAGACCCUGCGCCUCGCUAUCCGCUACAUCGCCCACCUCUCGGCCCUGCUGGGGCUCAGCCAGGGGGGGCUGGCCCGGCGGCGAGGGGCGGCCCCCCGCCACUGCCCCCUCUGUCCCCAGGGCCUGGGCUGCUGCCAGUCCCCGGACCCCCGCCUGCACCCGCCAGCCCCGCGGGAUGCUGCACCCGCCGGCACGCUGGCCUGGGGGUCACCUCACGUGGCGGGGACCCCCCCGGAACUGCUUGGGGUUCCCGACACGGAGAUGACGUCCUGGGGUUCGCCGCCCUACGGCUCCUCUGCGGGGACCCCUCCGGAGAUGCUUGGGGUUCCCGACAAGGAGACGGUGAUCUGGGGGUCACCCCUCUAUGGCCCCGCUGCGACGACCCCCACAGAGCCGCACGCAGUUCUUGACAUGGAGAUGGGGGCCUGGGGGUCGCCGCCCUACAUCCCCACUGACACCUCUGGAGCUGCACGGGGCUGUCACCUCUAA